CCCCCACUGCAGGGUGACAGAAACAGGAGAUAUGCAGUUGUUCCUCCUUUUCAUGGUGUUAUAGACAGGAAGUGAGUAAUUGAAAACAUGCAAUGUCACAUUAACGGCCUAUCCAGCUUACCAAAGCUCAGACAUCAUGCAUGGGGAUCUGAACACAGGCCGGAUUCGUAUGGUUCUUUUAGUUCCAGUAUCAAUAUUUGUGUCAGAGAACUCUUGGAGAUCUAGAAGGUACCUGAACACUGGGCUACUGCACAUGACUUGUUUGUGUCCCUUAGUCAAACAUUCCUCUAUACAUUUCGAAAUCUCCUAGAGAUGAAAACAUAUGGGGGUUUAAUCUUUGCAUAUCAAGAAAACAUCCUGUUCACUAAAUUUGAUAAACAUAAAGGAAAGCGAUGGGGGGCGAAGGACCCUCUAUUUAUUAAUGCAUUACAUAGAAAUAUACUUACCAUAAACGUUCCCUGCAGGUGCACUGUUAAGUGUAUCUCCCUGAAGCUACAGAAUAAGACACUCCUUAACUUCCAAUCAGUAAGCAUUCAAAGGAUGAGUAUUUUAUCCCCCAAGAGCACAUCCAUUCACCAAUAAGAAUGAAUGAACUUACUCUCUACACUUCCGUGAAAGUAAAAAAUACAGUAAAAAUACAUUUUAUAAAUACUGGUUUGCCCUGUUUCCUGGGUAUCGACUGGUUGAUUCUUUCAGCUCUGGUGACACACUCAAAUAUUCUGCAGAAACCGAUUCAGUCACCAUUCAUUGGAGUCCAGGUCCAGGUACUCCGAUGUCUUAAGAACAUGUAGAACACUGCUCUAAUAAAGGUGCCUGAACCCUUUUUCUAAUACUGGUAUUUAUUAUCUUCUGGGCUUGUGCUGGCCCUUGGUUCAGCUAAGCACCCUGUCGUAAGUGAAUUGAGUGCAGUUCCAUUUGUCCAUUUUUACCAGUCAUUGGAGUGUCAGCUGACCAAUCUUAUCCAGUAUAUGACACACUGUGCACAGAAAUAUACACAGAAUUGACAUGACCCAGCCUGGAACUCACUCUUACUGGCUGGCUAGUGACACUGCCUGAAGUGAAGUUAAUCCUCUGGCAGCAAAGGGGUUAAACUCUGUAUGUGCAGUGGUUUAUAGUAAAAUGCAGCACGUAUAGACUUAAAACACCACGACCACUUCAGAUCAUCGAAGUGUUCAUAGUGCUUGGAGUAGCCCUUUAAAAACUAUUUUAUCAAUUCAACGGUUUCUUGCUAUACCAAUUCUUCUCCCAGGACGUUAUCGUGGACUUUUCUAUUAAUUAUCUUAACUCGAAGGUCCCACAAAUCAAAACUUUUUUUUGCAGGGUAUAUAAAGAUCCACACCUGACUAUAUUCCGUCCACCGGCAAUGAUUUCCAUAGUAAUACUUGACACGGGUGUUAAAAGGCAUGGUAGGACACAAAGAGGUGGAGAGACGUCGAAUGCGAUAAAACGGCCCCUUUGAUUUCACAUCCAUGGUGUUAAAACAUAUAUUCAUAGGUGGCUGGCCCCUGAGAGUUAGAAUUUGGAAAAUAAACAGUGGAAACAGAAGGGUUAAGAGUUAAAGCAGGGAUAUCCAAAAUUCAGACUGGACAAACCACAUUAUAACCCUGUUAAAGGAACGCUGUCAUCAAAUUUUAGUCUCUAAUAUAAUCUUCAUAGCAUGUUGAUAUACAAUCUCAUUAUUUUCUUUAAUGCAUUUUUAUUGAAAUGUCUAAAGAAAUCCCUUGCCUACUUUUUUGAACUCCAGUUGACUGACAGUCAGAUUGUUAGCUCUCUGACCCAAUGCUCACUAUUUUGCAACUGUGUUAUUUGCCUUCUCUCGCCAUGUUCGGAUGUCUUUGUGUAUUACACUAGUGGGUUCCACCUUGCUCGCACAGCUCUGAAAUCCAAUUAGCCCUGAGCAUGAAAUGAAGCCAUCGUGCUGGCUUCAAUUCCAAUGUUUCAAUAUCAGAAUGGAGUGACAUCAGUCACUAAAUUCAUGUAUUUCCCCAGCAAGUUUAAUGAAGGGCAGAGGGUUCUCCUGCUAUUCCCUGUCAAUCAACUUUCUAAACAGACAACUGUACUGUUGACAAAUAGGUCUUAUGACCACAUUUUUUAAAGUACUUUUAAUUAAAAACUACAUAUUUGCGGCACUUGAUAAAACACUUUCCCCUUUCAUUGGAACUUAACCCCCCCUGCAUUCCAUCACUGGGUAAUGAGAUACUGAAACCAUCCUACUUGCAAUUUUGCAUAGACCAUUUCAGUAUGCCAAAAGUAAAAAGAUGGAAUGACCCAUUUCUGAAUUUAAUAUUUAAGCAGUAAAAGAAGAAAAAAGUAGAUUUACUGCCCUUUCAAGACCUUAGUCCAGGUCGCGAACACAAGGGGCAAAUAAGAUAAGACACGGGGCAUGAGAAAUAGAUCGUGAUAGCCGAAAGCCCGAGCUUAAAUGACAAGUAUUGACUGGAGAAUACAACACCCCUUGCAUACAUACUCAGACUUUGAGCAAACCCUUUUUAUAUUCGGGUCACAAUACAGCCUCUCUAGGAUUUCUUGACCCCAUCCUCCAACAGUGUGCCACGUGCCUGUGCUCCUUUCCUGCAGCUGCCAGGCGAAAGGCAGUAUGGUAUGAUGCUGAAGGCACUUUGCACCUUUAUCACAAUUCCCAGCUAGAAAAUCUGAGCAGAUAUCUAUGCCAUCCCCUUGAUGGAUGUGAUACAUGAGAUUCUCCUGCUCGCCCCAAGAUGUCAACGGCACAUCAGUCACGGUCCCAUCUUUUGUCUUGUGAACUUCCGUAAAUUCCAGUUUCUUCAGGUAAUUCUCUUCCUCUGUUGGCUCUUGGACGGUGAGGUAGCUGGAAUAUUUGCGCUUCCUGGUGACAGACAGAACUGUUCUUCUGGAAGGAAGCUGAGCUCUCAGAUACAUUGUGACAGUUAAACAGAGUCUGCAAAACCAUGGGAAGAAAAAUAAUAAAUUGAAACAAUAAAGUUACAAUAAAGACAGAGGUUAAAUUAACCAUCCAAACAACUACAGCACUUUAGCUUGAUUAACUGCUUUAUGCAUAAAGAGCAUGUCCAUUUUCUUUAGAAAUUGACACUUUUGCAAAUUCACCUGGUUAUACCACCCUGGCUGUCAAUCACAUAACUGGUCCUGUUACGGUGGACCUAAACUCAAAAGGCAGCAAUUGCUCAGAGAACCUGUCUUGCAAAGGCUUCUCAUUAAGCUGCAUUGGAAAGUCUGUGAUUGGACAGCCACAGAAAGUCUGGGCUGGGGAAAAUGAGGAAAGCUUGCAAAGGCUGCAGACAAGAGAUCUGCAACUUUUGUAAGCUGUUUUUGGGUAAUGUAUGCAUGUUUUCACUGGGGGUAUAACUGUUAAACAGUGAUUAUUUCAAAAAUAUUUACCGUAUUUUUUAUUUGGGCAGCAAAGUGUCCAUUUAGGAUGCCGAUUGAUACAUUAAGGCACAGCCAAGAAUUUUAUUUACCUACUGAUUUAUCUGUAUUUCCUUAGCAAAAUGAGGGACUGAGGAUAUUUGACAAGGGAUUUACUAAUUUUAGGCAAAAAUAUUUGACCUGGAAAAAUACCUGCGCUGUAGAAUGAUUUGUUCAGCCUGUUUUCUAUGCCGUAGUUAUUAGGGAUAUUACGAUUUCUCUUCGAUCCCAGUGCCACUUAAAAGCCACUUUGACAAGGCUGCCACAUGUUUAAAAAUGAUAACUGCACAUUUAUUAAAUAUUACAGUGUUAGUGUGCCCCCUCUCCCAUUGUAAGGAAUUAAACUGUUUUAAAACUUUUAUCUUUUUACAUGGGGCCUGAGGGAAACUUCAGAGAGCUCCCCCUCACCCCUGAGCUCAGGCCUACCUUGUUCCCACCAGGGAACACAAAAUGCCCUACGCCCAAACCCAAUGUUCUGGAUAGUGGGUAAUAUAAUGUAUUUUUAAUAUAUUAGGCAUAUUAUACAUAAACAGGGGCCAGUCAGUCCACAGUGGCAAACGCAGGAGUAAGGUAUAGAGCCAAUAGGUUCCCAGCCCCUUUAGAACAUAUACUGCCACCCUCCACCAAACGUACAGUGCCCUGUUAGUGCCGACCUUGUUGUACAUUUACAUUUCUAGGAGAGUGUUCAGCCACCAUGGCACAAUUAGUGACCACUCUCAUCUGGCAAAGUGGUGGCAGUCUCCGUAGUACUAACACUAGUACUACAGAGGCAUUGCAUGAAUAGUGACCGCUCAGAAAUAGUAACAAGGAGGGUCUAGUAGUCAAUACCGCUGAAACUAUGUAUUUAUAUUAGAGGAUGCUUACUGUCAUGGCAAAAUAGUGAAGAUGCCAAGGCCCUUGCUGUUUAGACUACACGUGGCAACUAUUAAUAUACUUGUUUUUGUACAUGUUAUUUAUUUUUACUUGUAAAAACAUUAGAUUAGGGAUGACAACCGCCUUCUUUCCUAUAUACAUCUAGGCAUAAGGGUGGCAAUGGCAGUGUUUGGCACCUUUUAUCAGUUUACCAGGUAGUUGCAAAGGUAUUGUGUCCCUCUAAUCCAGCACACAGGGAGGGAGAGCACAUUGUUCCCCCCUAAUCCAGCACACAGGGAGCGAGGACACUUUGUGCCCCCCUAAUCCAGCACACAGGGAGCGAGAGCACAUUGUUCCCCCCUAAUCCAGCACACAGGGAGUAAGGACACAUUGUACCCCUCUAAUCCAGCACACAGGAAGUGAGGACAUAUUGUGCCCCCCUAAUCCAGCACACAGGGAGUGAGGACACAUUGUGCCCCCCUAAUCUAGCACACAGAGAGUGAGGACCCAUGUGCCCCUCUAAUCCAGCACACAGGGAGUGAGGACACAUUGUGCCCCCCUAAUCUAGCACACAGAGAGUGAGGACCCAUGUGCCCCUCUAAUCCAGCACACAGGGAGCGAGGACACAUUGUGCCCCCCUAAUCCAGCACACAGGGAGUGAGAGCACAUUGUUCCCCCCUAAUCCAGCACACAGGGAGUGAGGACACAUUGUGCCCCACUAAUCCAGCACACAGGGAGUGAGGACACAUUGUGUCCCUCUAAUCCAGCACACAGGGAGAGAGAGCACAUUGUUCCCCCCCUAAUCCAGCACACAGGGAGCGAGGACACUUUGUACCCCCCCCUAAUCCAGCACACAGGGAGCGAGAGCACAUUGUUCCCCCCUAAUCCAGCACACAGGGAGUAAGGACACAUUGUACCCCUCUAAUCCAGCACACAGGAAGUGAGGACACAUUGUGCCCCCCUAAUCUAGCACACAGGGAGUGAGGACACAUUGUUCCCCCCUAAUCCAGCACACAGGGAGUGAGGGCACAUUGUUCCCCCCUAAUCCAGCACACAGGGAGUAAGGACACAUUGUACCCCUCUAAUCCAGCACACAGGAAGUGAGGACACAUUGUGCCCCCCUAAUCUAGCACACAGGGAGUGAGGACACAUUGUGCCCCCCUAAUCCAGCACACAGGGAGUGAGGGCACAUUGUUCCCCCCUAAUCCAGCACACAGGGAGUGAGGACACAUUGUGCCCCUCAUUUCCAGCACACAAGGAGUGAUGGCACAUUGUGCCUCCCUAAUCCAGCACACAGGGAGUGAGGGCACAUUGUUCCCCCCUAAUCUGGCACACAGGGAGUGAGGACACAUUGUGCCCCCCUAAUCCAGCACACAGGGAGUGAGGACACAUUGUGCCCCCCUAAUCCAGCACACAGGGAGUGAGGACACAUUGUGCCCCCCUAAUCCAGCACACAGGGAGUGAGGGCACAUUGUUCCCCCCUAAUCUGGCACACAGGGAGUGAGGACACAUUGUGCCCCCCUAAUCCAGCACACAGGGAGUGAGGACACAUUGUGCCCCCCUAAUCCAGCACACAGGGAGUGAGGACACAUUGUGCCCCCCUAAUCCAGCACACAGGGAGAGAGGACACAUUGUGCCCCCCUAAUUGAGCACACAGGGAGUGAGGACACAUUGUGCCCCCUAAUACAGCACACAGGGAGUGAGGACACACUGUGCCCCCCUAAUACAGCACACAGGGAGUGAGGACACAUUGUGCCCACCUAAUUCAGCACACAGGGAGUGAGGACACAUUGUUCCCCCCUAAUCCAGCACACAGGGAGUGAGGACACUUUGUGCCCCCCUAAUCCAGCACACAGGGAGUGAGAGCACAUUGUUCCCCCCUAAUCCAGCACACAGGGAGUAAGGACACAUUGUACCCCUCUAAUCCAGCACACAGGAAGUGAGGACAUAUUGUGCCCCCCUAAUCCAGCACACAGGGAGUGAGGACACAUUGUGUCCCUCUAAUCCAGCACACAGGGAGGGAGAGCACAUUGUUCCCCCCUAAUCCAGCACACAGGGAGUGAGGACACAUUGUGCCCCACUAAUCCAGCACACAGGGAGUGAGGACACAUUGUGCCCCCCUAAUCUAGCACACAGAGAGUGAGGACCCAUGUGCCCCUCUAAUCCAGCACACAGGGAGUGAGGACACAUUGUGCCCCCCUAAUCUAGCACACAGAGAGUGAGGACCCACGUGCCCCUCUAAUCCAGCACACAGGGAGCGAUGACACAUUGUGCACCCCUAAUCCAGCACACAGGGAGCGAGAGCACAUUGUUCCCCCCUAAUCCAGCACACAGGGAGUGAGGACACAUUGUGCCCCUCAUUUCCAGCACACAAGGAGUGAUGGCACAUUGUGCCCCCCUCUAAUCCAGCACACAGGGAGUGAGGACACAUUGUGCCCCCCUAAUCCAGCACACAGGGAGUGAGGGCACAUUGUUCCCCCCUAAUCCGGCACACAGGGAGUGAGGACACAUUGUGCCCCCCUAAUCCAGCACACAGGGAGUGAGGACACAUUGUGCCCCCCUAAUCCAGCACACAGGGGUGAGGACACAUUGUGCCCCCCUAAUCCAGCACACAGGGAGAGAGAAACAUUGUGCCCCCCUAAUUGAGCACACAGGGAGUGAGGACACAUUGUGCCCCCUAAUACAGCACACAGGGAGUGAGGACACACUGUGCCCCCCUAAUACAGCACACAGGGAGUGAGGACACAUUGUGCCCACCUAAUUCAGCACACAGGGAGUGAGGACACAUUGUUCCCCCCUAAUCCAGCACACAGGGAGCGAGGACACUUUGUGCCCCCCUAAUCCAGCACACAGGGAGUGAGAGCACAUUGUUCCCCCCUAAUCCAGCACACAGGGAGUAAGGACACAUUGUACCCCUCUAAUCCAGCACACAGGAAGUGAGGACAUAUUGUGCCCCCCUAAUCCAGCACACAGGGAGUGAGGACACAUUGUGUCCCUCUAAUCCAGCACACAGGGAGGGAGAGCACAUUGUGCCCCCUAAUACAGCACACAGGGAGUGAGGACACAUUGUGCCCCACUAAUCCAGCACACAGGGAGUGAGGACACAUUGUGUCCCUCUAAUCCAGCACACAGGGAGGGAGAGCACAUUGUUCCCCCCCUAAUCCAGCACACAGGGAGCGAGGACACUUUGUGCCCCCCCUAAUCCAGCACACAGGGAGCGAGAGCACAUUGUUCCCCCAUAAUCCAGCACACAGGGAGUAAGGACACAUUGUACCCCUCUAAUCCAGCACACAGGAAGUGAGGACAUAUUGUGCCCCCCUAAUCCAGCACACAGGGAGUGAGGACACAUUGUGCCCCCCUAAUCUAGCACACAGAGAGUGAGGACCCAUGUGCCCCUCUAAUCCAGCACACAGGGAGUGAGGACACAUUGUGCCCCCCUAAUCUAGCACACAGAGAGUGAGGACCCACGUGCCCCUCUAAUCCAGCACACAGGGAGCGAUGACACAUUGUGCACCCCUAAUCCAGCACACAGGGAGCGAGAGCACAUUGUUCCCCCCUAAUCCAGCACACAGGGAGUGAGGACACAUUGUGCCCCGCUAAUCCAGCACACAGGAAGUGAGGACACAUUGUGCCCCCCUAAUCUAGCACACAGGGAGUGAGGACACAUUGUGUUCCCCUAAUCCAGCACACAGGGAGUGAGGGCACAUUGUUCCCCCCUAAUCCAGCACACAGGGAGUGAGGACACAUUGUGCCCCUCAUUUCCAGCACACAAGGAGUGAUGGCACAUUGUGCCCCCAUCUAAUCCAGCACACAGGGAGUGAGGACACAUUGUGCCUCCCUAAUCCAGCACACAGGGAGUGAGGGCACAUUGUUCCCCCCUAAUCUGGCACACAGGGAGUGAGGACAUAUUGUGCCCCCCUAAUCCAGCACACAGGGAGUGAGGACACAUUGUGCCCCCCUAAUCUAGCACACAGGGAGUGAGGACACAUUGUGCCCCCCUAAUCCAGCACACAGGGAGUGAGGGCACAUUGUUCCCCCCUAAUCCAGCACACAGGGAGUGAGGACACAUUGUGCCCCUCAUUUCCAGCACACAAGGAGUGAUGGCACAUUGUGCCCCCCUCUAAUCCAGCACACAGGGAGUGAGGACACAUUGUGCCUCCCUAAUCCAGCACACAGGGAGUGAGGGCACAUUGUUCCCCCCUAAUCCGGCACACAGGGAGUGAGGACACAUUGUGCCCCCCUAAUCCAGCACACAAGGAGUGAGGACACAUUGUGCCCCCCUAAUCCAGCACACAGGGAGUGAGGACACAUUGUGCCCCCCUAAUCCAGCACACAGGGAGAGAGGACACAUUGUGCCCCCCUAAUUGAGCACACAGGGAGUGAGGACACAUUGUGCCCCCUAAUACAGCACACAGGGAGUGAGGACACACUGUGCCCCCCUAAUACAGCACACCAGGGGUGAGGGACACAUUGUGCCCACCUAAUUCAGCACACAGGGGUGAGGACACCCCCUAAUCCAGCACACAGGGCGGGACACUUUGUACCCCUGGUAACACACAGGGAGGCGAGAGCACAUUGUUCCCCCACAUUGUGCCCCCCUAAUCCAGCACACAGGGAGUGAGGACACAUUGUGCCCCCCUAAUCCAGCACACAGGGAGUGAGGGCACAUUGUUCCCCCCUAAUCUGGCACACAGGGAGUGAGGACACAUUGUGCCCCCCUAAUCCAGCACACAGGGAGUGAGGACACAUUGUGCCCCCCUAAUCCAGCACACAGGGAGUGAGGGCACAUUGUUCCCCCCUUAUCCAGCACACAGGGAGUGAGGACACAUUGUGCCCCUCAUUUCCAGCACACAAGGAGUGAUGGCACAUUGUGCCCCCCUCUAAUCCAGCACACAGGGUGUGAGGACACAUUGUGCCUCCCUAAUCCAGCACACAGGGAGUGAGGGCACAUCGUUCCCCCCUAAUCUGGCACACAGGGAGUGAGGACACAUUGUGCCCCCCUAAUCCAGCACACAGGGAGUGAGGACACAUUGUGCCCCCCUAAUCUAGCACACAGGGAGUGAGGACACAUUGUGUUCCCCUAAUCCAGCACACAGGGAGUGAGGGCACAUUGUUCCCCCCUAAUCCAGCACACAGGGAGUGAGGACACAUUGUGCCCCUCAUUUCCAGCACACAAGGAGUGAUGGCACAUUGUGCCCCCCUCUAAUCCAGCACACAGGGUGUGAGGACACAUUGUGCCUCCCUAAUCCAGCACACAGGGAGUGAGGGCACAUUGUUCCCCCCUAAUCUGGCACACAGGGAGUGAGGACACAUUGUGCCCCCCUAAUCCAGCACACAGGGAGUGAGGACACAUUGUGCCCCCCUAAUCCAGCACACAGGGAGUGAGGACACAUUGUGCCCCCCUAAUCCAGCACACAGGGAGUGAGGGCACAUUGUUCCCCCCUAAUCCGGCACACAGGGAGUGAGGACACAUUGUGCCCCCCUAAUCCAGCACACAGGGAGUGAGGACACAUUGUGCCCCCCUAAUCCAGCACACAGGGAGUGAGGACACAUUGUGCCCCCCUAAUCCAGCACACAGGGAGAGAGGAAACAUUGUGCCCCCCUAAUUGAGCACACAGGGAGUGAGGACACAUUGUGCCCCCUAAUACAGCACACAGGGAGUGAGGACACACUGUGCCCCCCUAAUACAGCACACAGGGAGUGAGGACACAUUGUGCCCACCUAAUUCAGCACACAGGGAGUGAGGACACAUUGUUCCCCCCUAAUCCAGCACACAGGGAGCGAGGACACUUUGUGCCCCCCUAAUCCAGCACACAGGGAGUGAGAGCACAUUGUUCCCCCCUAAUCCAGCACACAGGGAGUAAGGACACAUUGUACCCCCCUAAUCCAGCACACAGGAAGUGAGGACAUAUUGUGCCCCCCUAAUCCAGCACACAGGGAGUGAGGACACAUUGUGUCCCUCUAAUCCAGCACACAGGGAGGGAGAGCACAUUGUGCCCCCUAAUACAGCACACAGGGAGUGAGGACACAUUGUGCCCCACUAAUCCAGCACACAGGGAGUGAGGACACAUUGUGUCCCUCUAAUCCAGCACACAGGGAGGGAGAGCACAUUGUUCCCCCCCUAAUCCAGCACACAGGGAGCGAGGACACUUUGUGCCCCCCCUAAUCCAGCACACAGGGAGCGAGAGCACAUUGUUCCCCCAUAAUCCAGCACACAGGGAGUAAGGACACAUUGUACCCCUCUAAUCCAGCACACAGGAAGUGAGGACAUAUUGUGCCCCCCUAAUCCAGCACACAGGGAGUGAGGACACAUUGUGCCCCCCUAAUCUAGCACACAGAGAGUGAGGACCCAUGUGCCCCUCUAAUCCAGCACACAGGGAGUGAGGACACAUUGUGCCCCCCUAAUCUAGCACACAGAGAGUGAGGACCCACGUGCCCCUCUAAUCCAGCACACAGGGAGCGAUGACACAUUGUGCACCCCUAAUCCAGCACACAGGGAGCGAGAGCACAUUGUUCCCCCCUAAUCCAGCACACAGGGAGUGAGGACACAUUGUGCCCCGCUAAUCCAGCACACAGGAAGUGAGGACACAUUGUGCCCCCCUAAUCUAGCACACAGGGAGUGAGGACACAUUGUGUUCCCCUAAUCCAGCACACAGGGAGUGAGGGCACAUUGUUCCCCCCUAAUCCAGCACACAGGGAGUGAGGACACAUUGUGCCCCUCAUUUCCAGCACACAGGGAGUGAUGGCACAUUGUGCCCCCCUCUAAUCCAGCACACAGGGAGUGAGGACACAUUGUGCCUCCCUAAUCCAGCACACAGGGAGUGAGGGCACAUUGUUCCCCCCUAAUCUGGCACACAGGGAGUGAGGACAUAUUGUGCCCCCCUAAUCCAGCACACAGGGAGUGAGGACACAUUGUGCCCCCCUAAUCUAGCACACAGGGAGUGAGGACACAUUGUGCCCCCCUAAUCCAGCACACAGGGAGUGAGGGCACAUUGUUCCCCCCUAAUCCAGCACACAGGGAGUGAGGACACAUUGUGCCCCUCAUUUCCAGCACACAAGGAGUGAUGGCACAUUGUGCCCCCCUCUAAUCCAGCACACAGGGAGUGAGGACACAUUGUGCCUCCCUAAUCCAGCACACAGGGAGUGAGGGCACAUUGUUCCCCCCUAAUCCGGCACACAGGGAGUGAGGACACAUUGUGCCCCCCUAAUCCAGCACACAAGGAGUGAGGACACAUUGUGCCCCCCUAAUCCAGCACACAGGGAGUGAGGACACAUUGUGCCCCCCUAAUCCAGCACACAGGGAGAGAGGACACAUUGUGCCCCCCUAAUUGAGCACACAGGGAGUGAGGACACAUUGUGCCCCCUAAUACAGCACACAGGGAGUGAGGACACACUGUGCCCCCCUAAUACAGCACACAGGGAGUGAGGACACAUUGUGCCCACCUAAUUCAGCACACAGGGAGUGAGGACACAUUGUUCCCCCCUAAUCCAGCACACAGGGAGUGAGGACACUUUGUGCCCCCCUAAUCCAGCACACAGGGAGUGAGAGCACAUUGUUCCCCCCUAAUCCAGCACACAGGGAGUAAGGACACAUUGUACCCCUCUAAUCCAGCACACAGGAAGUGAGGACAUAUUGUGCCCCCCUAAUCCAGCACACAGGGAGUGAGGACACAUUGUGUCCCUCUAAUCCAGCACACAGGGAGGGAGAGCACAUUGUUCCCCCCUAAUCCAGCACACAGGGAGUGAGGACACAUUGUGCCCCACUAAUCCAGCACACAGGGAGUGAGGACACAUUGUGCCCCUCCCUGAGGGAAAUCCAACACACACAGGGGAGGGAGAGGCACAUUGUUGUUCCCCCUGAAACCAGCACACAGGGGAGGCGAGGAUACUUUGUGCCCCCCUAAUCCAGCACGAGGGCGAGAGGCAUUUGUUCCCCCUAAUCCAGCACACAGGGGUAAGGACACAUUGUGCCCCUAAUCCAGCACACAGGGAGUGAGGACACAUUGUGCCCCCCUAAUCUAGCACACAGAGAGUGAGGACCCAUGUGCCCCUCUAAUCCAGCACACAGGGAGUGAGGACACAUUGUGCCCCCCUAAUCUAGCACACAGAGAGUGAGGACCCACGUGCUCCUCUAAUCCAGCACACAGGGAGCGAGGACACAUUGUGCACCCCUAAUCCAGCACACAGGGAGCGAGAGCACAUUGUUCCCCCCUAAUCCAGCACACAGGGAGUGAGGACACAUUGUGCCCCGCUAAUCCAGCACACAGGAAGUGAGGACACAUUGUGCCCCCCUAAUCUAGCACACAGGGAGUGAGGACACAUUGUGUUCCCCUAAUCCAGCACACAGGGAGUGAGGGCACAUUGUUCCCCCCUAAUCCAGCACACAGGGAGUGAGGACACAUUGUGCCCCUCAUUUCCAGCACACAAGGAGUGAUGGCACAUUGUGCCCCCCUCUAAUCCAGCACACAGGGAGUGAGGACUCAUUGUGCCUCCCUAAUCCAGCACACAGGGAGUGAGGGCACAUUGUUCCCCCCUAAUCUGGCACACAGGGAGUGAGGACACAUUGUGCCCCCCUAAUCCAGCACACAGGGAGUGAGGACACAUUGUGCCCCCCUAAUCCAGCACACAGGGAGAGAGGACACAUUGUGCCCCCCUAAUUGAGCACACAGGGAGUGAGGACACAUUGUGCCCCCUAAUACAGCACACAGGGAGUGAGGACACACUGUGCCCCCCUAAUACAGCACACAGGGAGUGAGGACACAUUGUGCCCACCUAAUUCAGCACACAGGGAGUGAGGACACAUUGUUCCCCCCUAAUCCAGCACACAGGGAGCGAGGACACUUUGUGCCCCCCUAAUCCAGCACACAGGGAGCGAGAGCACAUUGUUCCCCCCUAAUCCAGCACACAGGGAGUAAGGACACAUUGUACCCCUCUAAUCCAGCACACAGGAAGUGAGGACAUAUUGUGCCCCCCUAAUCCAGCACACAGGGAGUGAGGACACAUUGUGCCCCCCUAAUCCAGCACACAGGGAGGGAGAGCACAUUGUUCCCCCCUAAUCCAGCACACAGGGAGUGAGGACACAUUGUGCCCCACUAAUCCAGCACACAGGGAGUGAGGACACAUUGUGUCCCUCUAAUCCAGCACACAGGGGUGGGGACACGUGUGCCCCCUAAUUCAGCACACAGGGAGUGAGGACACAUUGUGCCCCCUUAAUUCAGCACACAGGGAGUGAGGACACAUUGUGCCCCCCUAAUUCAGCACACAGGGAGUGAGGACACAUUGUGCCCCCCUAAUUCAGCACACAGGGAGUGAGGACACAUUGUGCCCCCCUAAUUCAGCACACAGGGAGUGAGGACACAUUGUGCCCACCUAAUUCGGCACACAGGGAGUGAGGACACAUUGUGCCCCAUUAAUUCGGCACACAGGGAGUGAGGACACAUUGUGCCCCGCCUAAUUCAGCACACAGGGAGUGAGGACACAUUGUGCCCCCUUAAUUCAGCACACAGGGAGUGAGGACACAUUGUGCCCCCCUAAUUCAGCACACAGGGAGUGAGGGCACAUUGUGCCCACCUAAUUCAGCACACAGGGAGUGAGGACACAUUGUGCCCCAUUAAUUCGGCACACAGGGAGUGAGGACACAUUGUGCCCCGCCUAAUUCAGCACACAGGGAGUGAGGACACAUUGUGCCCCCUUAAUUCAGCACACAGGGAGUGAGGACACAUUGUGCCCCCCUAAUUCAGCACACAGGGAGUGAGGACACAUUGUGCCCCCCUAAUUCAGCACACAGGGGGAGUGAGGGCACAUUGUGCCCACCCCAAUCUCAAGCACACAGGAGUGAGGACACAUUGUGCCCCAUUAAUUCGGCACACAGGGAUGAGGGACACAUUGUGCCCCGCCAAUUCAAAGCACACAGGGAGUGAGGACACAUUGUGCCCCACCAAAGCACAGUGUAGGCAUGUACCAGCUCCCCUAAUUCAGCACACAGGAGUGAGGACACAUUGUGCCCCUCAUUUCCAGCACACAAGGAGUGAUGGCACAUUGUGCCCCCCUCUAAUCCAGCACACAGGGAGUGAGGACUCAUUGUGCCUCCCUAAUCCAGCACACAGGGAGUGAGGACACAUUGUUCCCCCCUAAUCUGGCACACAGGGAGUGAGGACACAUUGUGCCCCCCUAAUCCAGCACACAGGGAGUGAGGACACAUUGUGCCCCCCUAAUCCAGCACACAGGGAGAGAGGACACAUUGUGCCCCCCUAAUUGAGCACACAGGGAGUGAGGACACAUUGUGCCCCCUAAUACAGCACACAGGGAGUGAGGACACACUGUGCCCCCCUAAUACAGCACACAGGGAGUGAGGACACAUUGUGCCCCAUUAAUUCGGCACACAGGGAGUGAGGACACAUUGUGCCCCGCCUAAUUCAGCACACAGGGAGUGAGGACACAUUGUGCCCCCUUAAUUCAGCACACAGGGAGUGAGGACACAUUGUGCCCCCCUAAUUCAGCACACAGGGAGUGAGGACACAUUGUGCCCCCCUAAUUCAGCACACAGGGAGUGAGGACACAUUGUGCCCCCCUAAUUCAGCACACAGGGAGUGAGGACACAUUGUGCCCCCCUAAUCUAGCACACAGAGAGUGAGGACACUAACCUAAUUAGUUUUAAUCCUAUAACUGCCAUAGGGUAGAAGAUGAGGCUCUGGAAGCAGAGACAGGUAGAAUGAGCCAGGAAAGGAGAGACACAAAAUAAAGCAGGAAGGACAUACAGAUACAGACAGACAGACAGACACAGAAUACAACCAGAGAGACAGACAGAAAAACUGGACAGGGAAAUAGAGAAACAAGGCAGAGAGAGACCACCUCCAAGAGACACAGAGACCACCUCCAAGAGAGCCAUAACCAGUUGAGAGAAAGAGACCUGCAGGAGAGUGACCCCCAGGAGGGGAGACAGACACCUCCAGGAGACACACACACACAGGAGAAUCCUCCAGAAAGACAUCCCAAGAGACAGACAAACAUUCACAGGCCUGAGACCUGCAAGGCAGAGAGAGUACCCGUCAAGAGAGAGAAACCUGCAGCAGACAGUGCUGUCACAGCUUUGCUCCUGCCCGCCCUGGCGGUAAAUGGUCUCACCGCAUGUGACACCCUCCUAUUAUAGCUCGCACUGCAUUGUGGGUGAUAGAAGGCGGAGACCAUGUGCUCAGUAAGAGAAUGCAAGGAGGUGUGAAUCAUGCGUGUUACCCCCCUCCACCACCACUGUCUGCAUGUUACCCCCCCACUGCAUGUUACCCCACCACUGUCUGCAUGUUACCCCACCACUGUCUGCAUGUUACCCCACCACUGUCUGCAUGUACCCCCCCACUGCAUGUUACCCCACCACUGUCUGCAUGUUACCCCACCACUGUCUGCAUGUUACCCCCCCACUGCAUGUUACCCCACCAUUGUCUGCAUGUUACCCCACCACUGUCUGCAUAUUUACCCCCACACUCCCACCACUGUCUGCAUAUUUACCCCCACACUCCCACCGCACAAUGUGCAUGUUACCCCCCCCUCACCACCACUGUCUGCAUGUACCCCCCCCACUGCGUAUUUACCCCACCACUGUCAUGUACCCCCCACUGCAUGUUACCCCACCACUGUCUGCAUGUUACCCCCACCACUGUCUGCAUGUUACCCCACCACUGUCUGCAUGUACCCCCCCCACUGCAUGUUACCCACCACUGUCUGCAUGUUACCCCACCACUGUCUGCAUGUUACCCCACCACUGUCUGCAUAUUUACCCCCCCACCACUGUCUGCAUGUUACCCCACACUCCACCACUGUCUGCAUGUUACCCCCCCAACCACUGCGUAUUUACCCCACCACUGUCUGCAUGUUACCCCCGCCACUGUCUCUUGCACGUAAUUUACCCCACCACUGUCCUGCAUGUUACCCCCACCACUGCAUGUUGCCCCACCACCAAAGUAUUUACCCCCCACCACUGCGUAUUUACCCCCACCACUGUCUGCAUGUUACCCCACCACUGCAUGUUACCCCCCCCCACCACUGUCUGCAUGUAACCCCAGCUGCAUGUUACCCCCCACCACUGUCUGCAGCAUGUUACCCCCACUGCAUUUUACCCCCCACACUGUAUGUUACCCGCCACCACUGUCUGCAUAUUACCCUCACGUAUUUACCCCCACCGCACAUAUUACCCCACCACUGCCUGCAUGUUACCCCCACCACUGCAUGUUACCCCCACUACUGUCUGCAUGCUACCCCCACUACUGUCUGCAUGUUACCCCCACCACUGCAUGUUACCCCCACCACUGUCUGCAUGUUACCCCCACCACUGCAUGUUACCCCCCACCACUGCAUGUUACCCCCACCACUGCAUGUUACCUCACCACCACUGCAUGUUACCCCAUAUACCCCUACAUGUUUUCACACACCUCUUAUAGCCGGCCAUACUGCUCCCACAUACCCCAUAACACCCCACUAUAUAAACCUCACACACCUCUUAUAGCCGGCCAUACUGCUCCCACAUACCCCAUAACACCCCACUAUAUAAAUCUCACACACCUCUUAUAGCCGGCCAUACUGCUCCCACAUACCCCAUAACACCCCACUAUAUAAACCUCACACACCUCUUAUAGCCGGCCAUACUGCUCCCACAUACCCCAUAACACCCCACUAUAUAAAUCUCACACACCUCUUAUAGCCGGCCAUACUGCUCCCACAUACCCCAUAACACCCCACUAUAUAAACCUCACACACCUCUUAUAGCCGGCCAUACUGCUCCCACAUACCCCAUAACACCCCACUAUAUAAAUCUCACACACCUCUUAUAACCGGCUAUACUGCUCCCACAUACCCCAUAACACCCCACUAUAUAAACCUCACACCCUGUAGCGCCCCUUAGCCACCGCAGCUUGGCUGGGGUCUCGCCGUCCCUUCCCACCCUGGGCCAACACCUGGAUCCAGCUCCCAGUGGGAAGACCUCUCCUCCAAGAGAGUAUCGCAGCAUAGCCAGUUAAAGAGCAAGUAUAGCUGUUUCCCCCCACACAUGAGCCGAGGUUUAAUGCUGGGAAGUAAGACUGUUUAAUGCAGGGCCACACACAGCCUUUUAUGACAAAGCCCAUGCAAGGGGAUUCUUACACAAAACAACAGGGUAAUCCCUCCCCUGUACCUGAGAGAUGAUUGAGUCAGGCACUGUACAAACUCAAUUAUCUCCAGGCACAGAAAACACAUUUUACAGACACACCAAAAGUAACACCAAAACACAUGAAAACCCCACAAAAGUCACAUCCCCUGAUAGCCCCGAUCUGGGUGACCAACAUAUCCAAAAAUCAUCCAGAUCGGUUCAGGGGUUCUGGGUUUCCAUGGAAGUCCUGUUUCUGACCGACCGCACAUGUGGCUUAAGCCCAAAUAGUUCCAUGAAUCAGCUAGCGGUAAAAUAAAAACGAAUAAAAUUCCGAACAUAAUCCAUAAUUGCAAUGUGUAGCUUGUUCACCUCAACCAUGCGAACGAUUCAACCAACAGUGCCCUUCCAGGUUGUGUAGAAACGAACACAGGCAAUGAUGGUUCGGGGGUAUUCUGGAGUUUCAGUGUCCGAUUUUAGUUCCAUGAGCUCGAUGCCCAAACACCGCUGCCUGCGUUCGCGGGACCAAGACGCCACCCAGAUGAACAAUUAGAAUACUGCGGUGGAAAUUGCUACAAAGUGUCAAUUGGGUGUAACAAGCACGGCGGUGGUUCCUGGUUCAUACGGUUGUUCGGUUUCCGAACAGUAUAGGGGAAAUACAUGGACUAAGCCUUUUAUAAGCAUUUUCGCAUGGCCCAUAGUCCUGAGGCAGGAGGCUGGCAAGCAGGGUCCUCCAGGAGCCUGUGGCGAGAUUAUGUUCGCCACACUUACACUGCGCCAUACACUUACACUGGGCCUUAUACAUACACAUACACUUACAGUGGGCCUUACACAUACACUUACACUGCGCCUUACACUUAUUUAUUUAUUUAUAAAAUAUUUUACCACUGGGCCUUACAUAUACACUUACACUGCGCCUUACACUUGCACUGCGCCCUUACACAUACACUUACACUACGUCUUACACUAACAUAGUUACAUAGCUGAAAAGAGACUUCCGUCCAUCAAGUUCAGCCUUCCUCAACAAGCUAGGAAAAAAAUUCUUUCUUGACCCCAGAAUGGCAGUCAGAUUUAUCCUUGGAUCAAGCAGUUAUUACCCUACAUUGAAAGAUUAUAUCAUUGAAUAUUCUGUUUUUGCAAGUAUGCAUCUACUAGCUGUUUGAACAUCUGUAUGGACUCUGAUAAAACCACUGUAACGGAGCUCCAGUACUCGGACCGAGGGACUCUGAAACACUUCAGACCCAGACGCCGAGACUUGACUGGGAUCACUUAGGGCCUUUUCCACCCUGGACCAAACACCAGACGACACAUAGUGAAGGUUAAACAGCAACUCUUUAAUGCAUACAGCACACAUAACUAAGCCCCCAACAGCCUCAUUUACAUACAAUAGGUUACAUAGAUUACUAUAGUACAAGGAAGGGUGGGGUCAGACAAUAGCAAGGCCUGAUGGGAGAUUGAGGAGGGACAGAGCAGCUAGAUUAAACUGGUCUGGCAGUGUCCCUGGGACAACGCCCUACUGGGGAAACAAUGGGACAGGAAAAAGGGGGAGGGGGAGAUGCACAGACCAGCAAUACAUUUAACAUACCCUGCACAAAUAAUAGCCACAAUGUGACAACACAAAAGGAAUUUGGGAGCCCACCCAUUAUGUCUGUCUUCCAUCCCCAGUGAUGGUGACUACCAUCACAACCAUUUCUUCAGGCAGAUAAUUCCACAUCCUUAUUGUUCUUACAGUAAAAAAACCUUUCCUUUGCCUUAGACAAAAUCUUCUUUCUUCCAGUCUAAACGCAUGACCUCGUGUCCUAUGUAAAGUCUGGUUUGUGAAUAGAUUUCCACACAAUGGUUUGUACUGGCCCUGAAUAUAUUUGUAUAAUGUUAACAUAUCCCCUUUCAGGCGACGUUUUUCUAAACUAAAUAGGUUUUACAUUUGUUAACCUUUCUUCAUAGCUAAUAUGUUCCAUUCCUUUUAUCAAUUUUGUAGCCCGCCUCUGCACUUUUUCUAGUGCCAUAAUAUCCUUCUUUAGAACAGGUGCCCAAAAUUGCACAGCGUAUUCAAUAUGUGGUCUUACCAGUGAUUUAUAAAGAGGCAAAAUUAUAUUCUCGUCCCGAGAAUGCCCUUUUUCAUGCAUGACAAUACCUUACUGGCCUUGGCCACUGCUGAUUGACAUUGCAUAUUGUUGCAUAGUUUGUUGUCUAUAACAAUUCUCAAGUCCUUUUCGUGUGUUGUUAUCCCUAAUUCGCUUCCAUUAAAGGUAUACGUUGCUUAUGUAUUCUUUAUGCCGAAGUGCAUAACUUUGCAUUUUUCAACAUUAAAUUUAAUCUGCCAUUUGAGUGCCCAGUCCCCCAGUCUAUCUAAAUCCCUCUGCUCACAUUGUAUUAUUUUACAGUUUUGUGUCAUCUGCAAACACUGAAACAUUUUUAAGCCAAUGUUCUACCCAAGAACAAGCAUUUUCAUCUACACCGAUUUCCUUGAGUUUGAACACUAAUCUAUUGUGUGGAACUGUAUCAAAUGCCUUGGCAAAAUCCAAAUAGAUCACAUCCACUGUAACACCCUGAUCUAUACUUCUACUUACUUCUUCGUAGAACGCAAUCAAGUUAGUUUGACAUGACCUGUGCUUCAUAAAACCAUGCUGAUUUAUGCUGAUAACCAUGUUCUUCUCAAGGAAUUCUUGAAUAGUAUUCCUUAAUAACCUUUCAAAUAUUUUCCCAGCCACAGAAGUCAAGCUCACAGGUCUAUAAUUUCCAGGCAAGGAUUUUGAACCCUUUUUGAAUAUAGGAUCUGCCUUCCUCCAAUCCUCCGGAACACUUCCUGAAAGAAAAGAAUCUUGAAAGAUUAAAAACAGAGGUUCACUUAUUUCUACACUUAGUUCCUUAAGUACUCGUGGAUGGAUACCGUCAGGCCCUGGAGCUUUGUUUAUAUUAACUUUCUUUAGUUGCUGCAGCACCUUGUCUUGAGUUAACCAAUUACAAUUAUUCUGCACGUUUUUAGUAGCAAUCAUUUGCACAUCUAUUGCCAUGGGUUCUUCCUUAAUAUAUACAGAGGAGAAAUAGUUAUUUAAAAUUCCUGCCUUUUCCUGGUCUUCAUUAACUAACACCCCCGUUUCAGUUUUUAAUGUACCUACACUUUCAUUUUUGGGUUUUUUAGAAUUUAUGUACUUAAAAAAUACUUUGGGGUUGGUUUUGCUCUCUUUAGCUAUCAUUUUUUCAUUUUUAAGUUUAGCAAAUCUAAUUGCCUUUUUGCUCGAUUAUUUGCUUCCUUAUAUCUUUUAUAAGAUGCUUCUGAUUUGUCUGAUUUAAAUGCUUUAAAUGCCCUUUUCUUAUUUUUAAUCUCUUGUUUUACUUCUCUGCCGGGGGUCUGCUAUUCGUAAUUGUUCACCACUCAUUCUAUUGAUUAUAUCCUCUCAAGGUUUCUACUAUCAUUUUCUAUUUAUACCUCGGUGGGGGCCCACACCGAGGCAAGGUACUUUUUGUAUUUAUUUAUAUAUUAGUUUUUUUUUUUUAUUUACAUUGUAGGCAUUUGAUCCAUCAGAUACUUUGUUUUAUACAUUGUGUCUAUGGUGGUUUUAUUUACCUAUUUUUGUAUCUAUAUUUGUUAGGCCGUAUUUGCCUUCCUUUGAAUUACUCCCUGUUACUCAGUGCAGUCAUGUUUUUAUUUAUGAUUUAAUUUAUUUACACAUAUAUACAAGUUUUAUACUAAUAAAUAUAUAUUUUUAUUUAUUUUUUAUAGGUUUCUUUAUUUUAUUAUAUUUAGGAGCGCACAUACCGUUUUGACCUAUGAGCUCACACUCAUUCUUAGUCGCUUGUGGAUGUAUGUAGCUGCCCAUAUCUUAUUUUAAUUUAUGUUAUACAUUACACCAUUUUUCAUCAGUUUUACUUCUCUACUAAGCCACAUUGGUUUUAAUUUGUUUCUUUUAUAUUUAUUUCCCAAUGGUACAUACUGAGAAAUGUGCCUUUCUAAUAUUUGUUGGAAGAUGAUCCAUUUAUCCUCAGUGUUCUUUUCACUAAAGAGUUUAUGCCAGUCAAUAUAUUGUAAAGCUGCCCUUAACUUAUUGAAAAUGGCCUUUUUAAAAUUAUAUGUUUUAGUAUUCCCCAUGUGCUUUUGAUUUUUUUAGUUUAUUUCAAAGGACACUAUAUUGUGAUCACUAUUUCCCAAGUGCUCACCUACAUGAAUGUUGGUCAAAAGAUCAACGUUGUUUGAUAAAACCAGGUCCAGACAAGUGUCCAUUCUAGUUGGUGCUUGUACAAGUUGUGACAUGAAGGUGUAAUUUAACAAGUUUAAAUACCUAAUUCCCUUUGCUGAGCUACUAGUCUCUCUGUCCCGAUUUAUGUCCGGGUAAUUAAAAUCUCCAAUAAUUAAAGUGUUACCCAGAUUUGAAGCUUUCUCAAUUUGCUCAAACAGCUGUUGUUCCUCGUCAAUAUUAACAUUAGAUGGUUUAUAACAUAUCUCAACCAAUAGUUGGUUUCCCUUCUUUUCCCCCAAGCAGAUAUUUACACAUAAAGCUUCCACAUUUUCCUCAUUGCAUUCCCUUUGCUUAACAUUUGGCUUUAAAUCAUGGUUGACAUACAAACAUACCCCACCACCCUUCUUGUUUUUCCUAUCCUUCCUAAAUAACAUGUACCCAUUUAAGUUAACUGCCCAGUCAUGUGUCUCAUCCCACCAUGUUUCAGUUAUGCCUAUUAUAUCAUAUUGUUUAGUGGAUGCUACUGCCUUUAUUUCCCCAAUUUUAUUGUUUAGGCUCCUUGCAUUAGUAAGCAUACAUUUAAUAUAAUGAGUCAUUUGUACUUUUUGUGAAUUAUCACUGGGCCUUACACAUACACUGCGCCUUACACAUACACUUACACUGCGCCUUACACAUACAGUUUAGUUGGUGAGACUGAAAAAAUCCAAAAACACAAAUGUGAGAAAUUCAAAGUGAAUUUCGAAGUUUAUGCUGAAAUAUGCACAUGGGAAACAAAUGACUUGGAAAUUUUGAUAAUCAGAAGAUCAUCAGUCUUGGUGAUGUCCGCUAAUCCAGUGCUUUCCCAUAGCAUAGAAUUUGCGGCAAAAUGCAGAGCUGCGCCAGUCAGCAUCUCCUCAUAGGGAUGCAUUACAUCUGUGCUUCAGUAUGGGGAACAUUCACCUCCAUGCAGAGCGUGGAGACGCUGGACACCAGUGCUGCACAGUGUGCAGUGCUGAACUUGGAAGCACCUCUAGGGGCCGUCUGAGUGACUACCAAUAGAGGUGAUACAAGCCAGCAAUGUAAAUACUGCCUUUCCUCUGAAACAAACAGUGUUUAUACCGUGCAAACACUGCAAGGACAGGCUAUAAACACCAAAACUACCACAUUAGGCUUUUCUGGUGACUGUAGUGUCCCCUUAGUGUACAUGUCAAUGGGGCACACAGCCUGUCCUUGCAGCUUGAGCAGUGUAAACCCUGACUGAGAAAAUGCCACGGGUACCUUAUUUGUCUGAAUUUGAUUGGUGUAUAUGAGCUACUUGCACCAGUUCUAUAGGAUUCAUUGAAAGGGUUAAAUCCACAACAUAUAAAAUAUUUACUUAUCCCACUCCUCCUCUGAGAUUUUCCUUCCGAGACAAAAAAAACUAAUUAUAACAAACAGAAUUACUGGCUCUGGUUAUAUUGAGUGUUACCUUAGCUCUGAGGAUACAGUUUCUCCGGAGGUUCCGGCAUAUUUGCAGAUAUUUAUAAAGGUCUCUUUUAAGGUUCCUCGCAUCCAGAUCACUCCCACCCUGACGGCUUUAAUUCAUUUAUUUGGGAAAUGUGAAUUUAUCCAGACAUGAGUAAUAGAAAUCCUAUAGUCCAGCACUAUUACUGUUAACCUGUAAUGCGAUGUUUAAAGGAUAGGAACAAACCACACCUUUUGGGGAAUCCCUGAAUGCAAAUUCCCCACAGACACAUGAGUCACUGUGGAUGUGUUAGGGGUGUAUGACAAAAAUACUUAGCUAACUUUCAGUUUUCGUUUGAAGCAGGAAGAGAAAGAAAUCGUGAGUUACCGAACCGGGGAUCUAUUUAUAUCUUUUCUGUUUAGAGUUUAGACCCCCUUUCUCCCUCUCCCCCUUUUCAGAUUCUCCCUCUUAUGUCCUUAGAACCUCACUUUAACAAGCCCUGUGUCAUUGUCACCGUGCAGUGACCUCCACGGGCACCCUCCUCAUUCUCCUGAGUCACUCGUGCUUUUUACAGCUGGUUAUGGGUUCCGGCUAGUUCAGCUUGUGCCCAUUUUUCAGAUUAUUCAGUACAAUUACCCCUAUCUGAUACACUAUGAGGACGCCCAUUCAGAAUAUUGCAAUAAUAAUGAUGGCUUUAAAAUGCAUUACUGCAACAAUUCUAACAGUGCUGACUUAGAUGUUUCCAGUGGUUAGUAUACUUGGCGUUAGGGGUAUGUAGGCCUAGCGAAUACUUAGGGUCAGAAGGUUUUUAUGACUAGCCCGAGGAAUGCCUAGGCUGUUGUUGGGGUCAGGGUUUACACAGCAAUAGAUUAUGGGUUACUUAAGGUUAAGGGAAUCUAAAUUUAAUAAACAGAAAUUUAAUAAACAGAACAUUGUGGAUAUUCACAAGGUUUAGGGGGCGGAUUUCUGUCCCCCUUAGCGCAGUAGUGAUACAGUCCCUUUCGCACCAUGCACUAGUAUUUAUAUUCCAUGGUAUCACUAAUUUCAGAAGAAAAAUCUAAAAUAAUAGGCAGAUCACGUACCGAACUUAUUUACUCAGAUUGCGGAAUAUGGUAUCUUGACAUAUAGACAUGUGAUUACGUAAGGAUUUAUCAUAAGGGGCAGGCUGGGGUCAUCCAAUCACAGCUUGCCCCAUUAGCAAUUUCAUCCCAAGUGUGUUCCCCAUUUCUCUGAUUAGUGUGGAUCUGCCUCCCUCUCUUCACUUGUGUUUUAGUGAGAGAGGGAGAGAGAUCUGUGGUUUAGCUAGAGAGAUUUAGGUAUUUAUAGGUAGGGAUUUGUAAAAUCUUGAGACCUAAAGGCUCUUUUCAGAGCCAUUAACCCCUGUCUUGCCAGUGAUCACUAUAAUCACUGGCUCUUGCACAGCAGCACUUAUUUUGCUGUCUGUUCAUUUUUUUAGGGGUUCAUUUUUUUUUCUUUUUUUUUUCUGACAGGUCACUAAGUAAAGUGAUUGUGAUCAUGUCACAUGGGUCACGGAAGUCAACCAGCGCUGAGCAGUCAUAUGCCACCCUUGCGCUAGAGUCUGACGCGUCUAUGUCAGACUCUGACCCUGAUUUUGACCCUGCCAGGUGCUCAGGUACAUCAUCACUAGAUACAGUGUCUGCUGCUAGUGAUGUAUCUAGUGAUGUUGUAUCUGUGCCUGCUAGUCCACCUGCCAGAAGGAGACAUGCUGCUCCAGCUGGCAGAACUGCUGAGGAGUGGGUAGUGCCUCAUUGCCAGAGGCCAGAUAUCCCAUCCUUUACUGCAAAUCCUGGCAUAAAUUUGGAUGUCACAGGAUUUAGCCCUCAGCAGUUUAUGGAGGUGUUUCUGGGCGAUGAUGUAUUGGGGAACAUUGUUGCCCAAACUAAUUUAUAUGCCCAUCAAUUCCGAGCUACAAAUCCUGACUCUUUUUUGGCAAAGCAGCAAUGGGCCCCCAUCGAUGUGCUAGAAUUUAAAAGAUUCUGGGCAUUGACUAUGCUGAUGGGCAUCAUAAAGAAGCCCUCCAUCCGCUCCUACUGGAGCAGUAGCCCCAUCUGCUCUACCCCCAUUUACUCCCAAUGUAUGUCCAGGAAGAGGUAUGAAAUGAUUCUGCAUUUCAUGCACUUCAGCAACAACAGCCUGUCCCCCCCUAGGGAGCAUGCCCAGUUUGACAGGCUGUAUAAAACCCGCCCCCUGAUUACCCACUUCGCUGCCAGGUUUGCAGAGGCUUACACCCAUGGAAGGAAUAUAUGCGUGGAUGAAUCCCUGAUGAAAUAUAAGGGAAGGCUGGGAUUCAAGCAGUAUGUUCCUUCCAAGCGCUCUAGGUAUGGUGUAAAGAUGUAUAAGCUCUGUGAUAGCGAGACUGGGUAUACUCAGGCCUUCUGGGUGUAUGAGGGAAAGGAUAGCCACCUUGACCCUCCAGGUUGCCCAGAUUGUCUGGGACCUGAUAUUCCCCCUGAUGAACAAAGGGUACCACUUGUAUACUGACAAUUUUUAUACGUGUCCCUUUGUUCAAGCUACUGUACUGUUUUGAUACAGUAGCUUGCGGCACAAUUAAAAAGAACAGCACAGGUUUCCCAGGACAACUUGCACGCACCCGGCUACGAAGGGGGGAGACCUCAGCUCUGCGCCAAGAGGAGCUGUUGGCAGCUAAGUACAGAGACAAGAAGGAUGUGUACCUUCUUACCAGCAUCCACACAGGGAGGACUGUGGAGGUCCCUGUACAUGGCAGAGCUGAGAGGUCAAGGAAGCCAGUGUGCAUCAAGGCCUAUAACCGGCAUAUGGGUGGAGUUGAUCUGGCAGACCAGCUGCUGCAGCCCUACCUAAUUAUACGAAAGACAAGGGCCUAGUACAAAAAGGUUGCAAUCUACCUAAUGCAGAUUGCAACCCACAAUGCUUUCUUAUUGUUCGAAAAAGCAAACCCUGGGACGCAACUGAGAAUUUUACAGUUUCAGCUCCAGAUCAUUUCGGGGAUUUUGUACCAUGAUGCACCUGCUCCCCGGGUGGUGAUGGGAGAGAGCAGAUUUGGGGCUACACAUUUUAUUUUUAAAAUUCCUCCUACUGCGGCAAAGCAGAAUCCCCAGAAAAGAUGCAGGGUCUGUUCUAAGAGGGGUGCAGAGAUAAGAUGUGUAUAUCACUGUCCUGAUUGCUCUGGACAGCCUUGACUCUGCAUUGGAGACUGCUUCAAACGAUACCACACGCUGGUCCAUUUUUAAUUUAUUUUUUAACAUUUGCCGUUCAGUUUUUUUUGGUGUCUUUUUUCUUUCUUGUUUUUUGGUUUUGUUACAUUUACCCCAUGCAUGGGGGGCAUGGGUGUCCUUAGGAGGCCUUGCAGAAAACAACCUGGGGUGUUUUCUUGCAAUAACCAACAACGGGCUCUCCUAAAUCACAGUCAAAAAGCAGUGUGCGUGUGUAAAAAUGAGGAUUGAACAGUUACCUCCACACACGUUCUUCAACUUUUUUAUUUUUUGUCUGGCUAAAAAAAAGUUGCAUCAAAGCACUCCACAUGCAAUACCUCGGGGUAUCUAUGUUUCAAGUAUGUACCCUUUCAUGGCGAUAUAUAAAACUGGGGUAUGUGAUUAGCCCCAAGCUAAAGAUAGGCCUAUCAGAAGAAAUACUCUAAAUUUCAACUCAAAUUGCAAGUCAUAUAAUUUUAACCAUACUUUCCCAAAAUCCUGGCAAACCUAUGCAUGGGGGGCAUGGGUGUCCUAAGGAGGCCUUGCAGAAAACAACCUGGGGUGUUUUCUUGCAAUAACCAACAACGGGCUCUCGUAAAUCACAGUCAAAAAGCAGUGUGUGUGUAAAAAUGGGGAUUGGACAGUUACCUCCACACUCGUUCUUCAACUUUUUUUGACUAAAACGAUUGCAUCUAAGGCAUCAAAACACUCCACAUACAAUACUGCGGGGUGUCAACUUUUCAAAUAUAUGCACGCUCAUGGCAAGAAAAUACAUUGGGAUAUCUGAUAAGGCCCCCAAAAGGAAGAUAGGCAAACAAGAUAUGUACAAUUUGAAAAAUGCCUUUCAGACAUUUUGCUUUGCACCCCCCAGAGAACUCGACACACCUACGCAUGGGUAGUAUCGCUGUACUCAGGAGAUGUUGCCGAGCACAUAUAGGGGUGUCCUUUGGCAGUAACACCUAACAGGAGCUGAGAAUCUAUGCCCAAAGUAGAAUGUGUGAGUGAAAAAUAACACCACAAAAACGUUUGACAGAGACUGGUGGUAGAAUUAGUGCAUGUAAAGUGUUGAAAUGCCACCAUGUGAAAUGCCCUAGGGUGUGUACUUUUCAAAAACAUAUGGUUUGAUGGGGGUGAAUUACAUUGGGCCGGCUUCAGAAAUGUUCCAACUGGGACAUGGGUGCAUGACGGCCAGCUGUGUUUUAUUUUUCCAUUUUUCAUCAUAUUUUACUUUUUUUUCUAGUAAAUUAUAUGAUAUGAUGAAAAUAAUGGUAUCUUUAGAAUGAACAUUUAAUAGCGAGAAAUAGCGAGAAAAAUGUUAUAUAAUAUGUAUGGGUACAGUAAAUGUGUAAGAGGCAAAUUACAUCUAAACACAACCACUGCAGAAAUGUAAAAAGAGCCCUGGUCCGUAACGGUAAUAAAAUUGAAAAAUGGCCUGGUCACUAAGGGGUUAAAGGGACGCUCUAAGCACCAAAUCAACUUUAGCUUAAUGAAGCCAUUUUGGUGUAUAGACCAUGCCCAGUGGUGUAUCCUGGUUUUGUGCUGCCCUAGACCCCCACCCAACCCUUCCCCCCCGCCCCACCUUCUAAAUACACACACACACAGUCAGACACACACAAACACACACACACAGAAACACACACACACAGUCAGACACAUACACAAACACACAGUCAGACACAGACACAAACACAGUCAGACACAAACACACACACACAGUCAGACACAAGCACACACAGUCAGACACAAACACACAGUCAGACAAACACACACACACAGUCAGACACAAACACACACACAGUCAGACACAAACACACACACACAGUCAGACACAUACACAGACACAAACACACACACCUCAGUCACAAACACACACACAGUCAGACACAAACACACACACAGUCAGACACAAACACACACACACACAGUCAGACACAAACACACAGACACAGUCAGACACAAACACACACCUCAGUCACAAACACACACACAGUCAGACACAAAUACACACACAGACACAAACACACACACACAGACACAAACACACACACACAGUCAGACACAAACACACACACACAGUCAGACACAAACACACACACAGUCAGACACACACACACACAAUCACUCACAUUAACUUUUUUUUUUAACCCCCCCCCCAGCCUCCUUACCUUUGGGAGUGUUGGGGGAGGUGUCUCUCUCUCCCUGGUGGUCCAGUGGCUGCCGGUCGGGCUGAUGGGCUGGCUGCUGGGCGGGCGGCUGGCGAGGGAGCACUUCCUCUGAGCUCUCUGCUCAGCUCCCUCGCGCGCCGCAGAGUGAGGCUGGGAGCCGGAAUAUGACGUCAUCUUCCAGCUCCCAGCCUCACUCUGCGGCGCGCAAGGGAGCUGAGCAGACCGCUCAGCGGAAGUGCUCCCUCGCCAGCCGCAUGCCAGCGUCGCCCGCCCGCUCGGCAUGUCUGUUAGCCGCGAGGCUAACAAGACAUUUGCCCUGGGCAUUUGGGGGCGGCGUUUUUUGCCGCCCCCUGAAAAAUGCCGCCCAAGGCAAAUGCCUUGUUUGCCUCGCGGCUAAUACGCCCCUGACUAUGCCCCUGCAGUCUCACUGCUCAAUUCUCUGCCAUUUAGGAGUUAACACUUUUGUUUUUUUAUUUAUUUAGCCCUAGUCACACAUUCCCUGACUGUGACUCACACGGCCUACAUGAAAACAAAAUGGUUUCACUUUCAAUAAGAACAAGUGUUCACUUUACAAGUUAUCUCCUGUUCUCGUAUUCCAGGUUUAAAGGGUUACUCUAACCCAGGUGCAUGAAGAGCACAGCCAUCCCACCACAGCAGCAAACAGUGGCCACCAAGAAAAGGAUCCACUCCGACCCUCCCAGAGCAAGGUAGGGAGGCAGGGUGGAUCUCUUAAUUACUAAAUGUGUGCAUAUCAUAUGAAUGUGAUUUUUGUUUGUAUGCCAGUAAUAAUGUGUGUCUGAUUGUAUGUGUGUGGGUCUCAUAGCUCCCUAAUUUGGUAUUCUUAAAUAUAGUAGUCCCACAUAAGGAUAACAAAUAAGGGAGUUAUCUACUAAGCAAAUGCAAAAUAUAAAAAUUAAGAAAAGGGGUUUUGAAGUUUUAUUAUAUAAAUUAUAUUAUAUAUUUUUUGUGUGGCCCAAGACAAUUCCUCUAAACUCAGUGUGGCCCGGGGAAGGCAAAAGGUUGGACAGCAAAUGCUCUAACCCUUCUUACAUAUAUAUAUAUAUAUAUAUUUUAACUAGUAAUGCCCUAUUGGCCUUUAUUCUUUCCUCUGGGUCCCCCAGAAAAAGACUUUAACGUGAAGUUGAACUAACCUAAAAUUCAGCGCCCCAUCCGAAUGUCAAUUAGCAGUGGCGUGGCCCAACCAAAGGAUUCUGGUAGAGAAACUGACUCAGAGUACAUGUGCGUGCUCUGAGCUGACGAGGGGACACAGGAAAAGAGGGAACUUUAAAUAUAACUAAUGAAAUAGUGAGGCGGGAGGGCUGCAGUAAAGCAGAAAGACACAAGCUUCAGAAUACGUCUGACGCCCACGUGCAGUGCUCGCUGACAACAGACAUAAAAUAUGCACUGAAUUAACAUUUGCCAGAUUUCCAUGUGCUGGGGGUGUAACUAGUCCAAAUAUCUCUGUGUGUGCACUAUUUUAAGCAGAAACACUGCACACCCAGACUCCUACCACCAUGACUACUUCAAAAAAGCAGAACCAGACACAGGAAGCUCAUGCAGAAGCUGGCAGGCUAUUAACAGAUUAGGAGGUAAUAUAUAUCUGAGUGUGUGUCUGUCAGUCAAAGUGUGUGUUAGUCGUUUAACAUGAAGAGGUGUGGCAUUGACAGUAAGGGGUGGGGCAAAUGUAAAUUAGGGGGUGCCCAAGUUCCGUCAUGCCUACGGCAGCACAGAUACUAAAUACAUCACUGAUUGGGGUAUGGCUGUAAGGGGGCAGUAUGGCUGUAGGGUUGGAUAAUAUGUAUUGGGGUAUGGCUGUAAGGGGGCAGUAUGGCUGUAGGGUUGGAUAAUAUGUAUUGGGGUAUGGCUGUAAGGGGGCAGUAUGGCUGUAGGGUUUGAUAAUAUGUAGUGGGGUAUGGCUGUAAGGGUGGAUAAUAUGUAGUGGGGUAUGGCUGCAAGGGGGCAGUAUGGCUGUAUGGUUGGAUAAUAUGUAUUGGGGUAUGGCUGUAAGGGGGCAGUAUGGCUGUAGGGUUGGAUAAUAUGUAUUGGGGUAUGGCUGUAAGGGGGCAGUAUGGCUGUAGGGUUGGAUAAUAUGUAUUGUGGUAUGGCUGUAAGGGGGCAGUAUGGCUGUAGGGUUGGAUAAUAUGUAUUGUGGUAUGGCUGUAUGGCUGUAUGGAUGGCUGUAGAGUUAGAUAAUAUGUAUUGGGGUAUGGCUGUAAGGGGGCUGUAUGGCUGUAGGGUUGGAUAAUAUGUAUUGGGGUAUGGCUGUAAGGGGGCAGUAUGGCUGUAGAGUUGGAUAAUAUGUAGUGGGGUAUGGCUGUUAGGGGGCAGUAUGGCUGUAGGGUUGGAUAAUAUGUAUUGUGGUAUGGCUGUAAGGGGGCAGUAUGGCUGUAGGGUUGGAUAAAAUGUAUUGGGGUAUGGCUGUAAGGGGGCUGUAUGGCUGUACGGUUGGAUUAUAUGUAUUGGGGUAUGGUUGUAAGGGGGCAGUAUGGCUGUAGGGUUUGAUAAUAUGUAGUAUGGCUGUAAGUGGGCAGUAUGGCUGUAGGGUUGGAUAUGUAUUGUGGUAUGGCUGUAAGGGGGCAGUAUGGCUGUAGGGUUGGAUAAUAUGUAUUGGGGUAUGGCUGUAAGGGAGCAAUAUGGCUGUAGGGUUGGAUAAUAUGUAUUGGGGUAUGGCUGUAAGGGGGCUGUGUGGCUGUAUGGGUGGAUAAUAUGUAGUGGGGUAUGGCUGUAAGGGGGCUGUGUGGCUGUAGGGUUGGAUAAUAUUAGUGUAAGGGGGCUGUGUGGCUGUAGGGUUGGAUAAAAUGUAUUGGGGUAUGGCUGUAAGGGGGCUGUAUGGCUGUACGGUUGGAUUAUAUGUAUUGGGGUAUGGUUGUAAGGGGGCAGUAUGGCUGUAGGGUUUGAUAAUAUGUAGUAUGGCUGUAAGGGGGCAGUAUGGCUGUAGGGUUGGAUAAUAUGUAUUGGGGUAUGGCUGUAAGGGGGCAGUAUGGCUGUAGGGUUGGAUAAUAUGUAUUUAGGUACUGGCUGUAGGAGGCAGUGCUGGCUGUAGAGUUGGAUAAUAUGUGGUGGGGUGCUGGCUGUUGGGGGGCGAGGAAGUAUGGCUGUAGGGGUUGGAUAAUAUGUUGUUGUGGGCCAUGGCUGUAAGGGGGGCAGUAUGGCUGUAGGGUUGGAUAAAAUGUAUUGGGGUAGCAUGUAACAUAAGAGGGGCUGUAUAGCGAAAACAUGCGGUUGGAUUAUAUGUAUUGGGGUAUGGCUGUAAGGGGGCAGUAUGGCUGUAGGGUUGGAUAAUAUGUAUUGGGGUAUGGCUGUAAGGGAGCAAUAUGGCUGUAGGGUUGGAUAAUAUGUAUUGGGGUAUGGCUGUAAGGGGGCUGUGUGUCUGUAUGGGUGGAUAAUAUGUAGUGGGGUAUGGCUGCAAGGGGGCAGUAUGGCUGUAUGGUUGGAUAAUAUGUAUUGGGGUAUGGCUGCAAGGGGGCAGUAUGACUGUAGGGUUGGAUAAUAUGUAUUUUGGUAUGGCUGUAAGGGAGCAGUAUGGCUGUAGGGUUGGAUAAUAUGUAUUGGGGUAUGGCUGUAUGGCUGUAUGGUUGGAUGUAUGGUUGGAUAAUAUGUAUUGGGGUAUGGCUGUAUGGCUGUAUGGAUGGCUGUAGAGUUAGAUAAUAUGUAGUGGGGUAUGGCUGUGAGGGGGCAGUAUGGCUGUAGGGUUGGAUAAUAUGUAUUUUGGUAUGGCUGUAAGGGAGCAGUAUGGCUGUAGGGUUGGAUAAUAUGUAUUUUGGUAUGGCUGUAAGGGAGCAGUAUGGCUGUAGGGUUGGAUAAUAUGUAUUGGGGUAUGGCUGUAAGGAGGCAGUAUGGCUGUAGGGUUGGAUAAUAUGUAUUGUGGUAUGGCUGUAAGGGGACAGUAUGGCUGAAUGGUUGGAUAACAUGUAUUGGGGUAUGGCUGUAAGGGGGCAGUAUGGCUGUAUGGUUGGAUAAUAUGUAUUGGGGUAUGGCUGUAAGGGGGCAGUAUGACUGUAGGGUUGGAUAACAUGUAUUGGGGUAUGGCUGUAAGGGAGCAGUAUGGCUGUAAGGUUGGAUAAUAUGUAGUGGGGUAUGGCUGUAAGGGGGCUGUGUGGCUGUAGGGUUGGAUAAUAUUAGUGUAAGGGGGCUGUGUGGCUGUAGGGUUGGAUAAAAUGUAUUGGGGUAUGGCUGUAAGGGGGCUGUAUGGCUGUACGGUUGGAUUAUAUGUAUUGGGGUAUGGUUGUAAGGGGGCAGUAUGGCUGUAGGGUUUGAUAAUAUGUAGUAUGGCUGUAAGGGGGCAGUAUGGCUGUAGGGUUGGAUAAUAUGUAUUGGGGUAUGGCUGUAAGGGGGCAGUAUGGCUGUAGGGUUGGAUAAAAUGUAUUUGGGUAUGGCUGUAAGGAGGCAGUAUGGCUGUAGGGUUGGAUAAUAUGUAGUGGGGUAUGGCUGUUAGGGGGCAGUAUGGCUGUAGGGUUGGAUAAUAUGUAUUGGGGUAUGGCUGUAAGGGGGCAGUAUGGCUGUAGGGUUGGAUAAUAUGUAGUGGGGUAUGGCUGUAAGGGGGAAGUGUGGCUGUAGGGUUGGAUAAUAUGUAUUUUGGUAUGGCUGUAAGGGAGCAAUAUGGCUGUAGGGUUGGAUAAUAUGUAUUGGGGUAUGGCUGUAAGGGAGCAGUAUGGCUGUAGGGUUGGAUAAUAUGUAUUGGGGUAUGGCUGUAUGGAUGGAUAAUAUGUAGUGGGGUAUGGCUGUAUGGCUGUAUGAUUGGAUGUAUGGUUGGAUAAUAUGUAUUGGGGUAUGGCUGUAUGGUUGGAUGUAUGGUUGGAUAAUAUGUAUUGGGGUAUGGCUGUAAGGAGGCUGUGUGGCUGUAGGGUUGUCUGUAAGGGAGCAGUAUGGCUGUAAGGGAGCAGUAUGGCUGUAGGGUUGGAUAAAAUGUAUUGGGGUAUGGCUGUAAGGGGGCUGUGUGGCUGUAGGGUUGGAUAAUAUGUAGUGGGGUAUGGCUGUAAGGGAGCAGUAUGGCUGUAGAGUUGGAUAACAUGUAUUGGGGUAUGGCUGUAAGGGGGCUGUGUGGCUGUAGGGUUUGAUAAUAUGUAUUGGGGUAUGGCUGUAAGGGGGCAGUAUGGCUGUAGGGUUGGAUAAUGUGUAUUGGGGUUUGUCUCUAAAGGGACAGUGUGUAUGUAGGGUUGGAUAAUAUGUAUUGGGGUGUGGCUGUAAAGGGACAGUGUGUUUGUAGGGUUGGAUAAUAAUUGGGGUGUUGCUGUAAGGCAGCCCUGUGUAUGUAGGGUUGGAUAAUAUGUAUUGGGGUAUGGCUGUAUGGUUGGAUGUAUGGUUGGAUAAUAUGUAUUGGGGUAUGGCUGUAAGGGGGCUGUGUGGCUGUAGGGUUGUCUGUAAGGGAGCAGUAUGGCUGUAGGGUUGGAUAAAAUGUAUUAGGGUAUGGAUGUAAGGGGGCUGUGUGGCUGUAGGGUUGGAUAAUAUGUAGUGGGGUAUGGCUGUAAGGGAGCAGUAUGGCUGUAAGGUUGGCUGUAGGGUUGGAUAAAAUGUAUUGGGGUAUGGCUGUAAGGGGGCUGUGUGGCUGUAGGGUUGGAUAAUAUGUAGUGGGGUAUGGCUGUAAGGGAGCAGUAUGGCUGUAGAGUUGGAUAACAUGUGUUGGGGUAUGGCUGUUAGGGGGCUGUGUGGCUGUAGGGUUUGAUAAUAUGUAUUGGGGUAUGGCUGUAAGGGGGCAGUAUGGCUGUAGGGUUGGAUAAUAUGUAGAAACAUAGAAACAUAGAAACAUAGAAUGUGACGGCAGAUAAGAACCAUUCGGCCCAUCUAGUCUGCCCAAUUUUCUAAAUACUUUCAUUAGUCCCUAGUCUUAUCUUAUAGUUAGGAUAGCCUUAUGCCUAUCCCACGCAUGUAUUGGGGUUUGGCUCUAAAGGGACAGUGUGUUUGUAGGGUUGGAUAAUAAUUGGGGUGUUGCUGUAAGGCAGCCCUGUGUAUGUAGGGUUGGAUAAUAUGUAUUGGGGUAUGGCUGUAAGGGGGCAGUAUGGCUGUAGGGUUUGAUAAUAUAUAUUAUAUUGGGGUAUGGCUGUAAGGGGGCAGUUUAUAAUUUAGACUGUAGGGUUGGUUAAUAUGUAUUUAGGCUAAAACCCGAGUUAAAUUGAGUUACAGGAUUCCCCUUAAGAGAAAAAAUAAUGUCCUAAUCUACAUGAGAUAAGGAAAAAGGCAAACCUUUAUUGAAGCAACAGCACGGGUAAUGCUUUCAGGGGGAAGAAUAAAUCACCCUGACGUGUUUUGUGGUCACCUUGGCACAAAAUGCAUCAGAAAAAUCCCAUGGGUGAUUUCUUGUCCACAAUUUGCCUGUAUUCUGAAUGAUUAGAGGUUAUAAACUGAAUGUAUUUGCUCGAGGCACGAUACAAUUAUUUAUUAUUCAUCUGCAUAUAAUAAAGCAAAAUAGGUGCACUUUCUGCCUUGCAAAAGCCCCAACGCAUUUUCUGAGCACAAACCAUUAUGAUGCAUGCAAAACCCACUUAAUUUCUACUACAAUUAAUCCUUUCAGUGUUGCAGAAAACAUACAAAAAAAAUUAAAAAUCAAUUGGACCGCUGUAAUUUAAUUGACCAAUUUGUUUUGUGAAUAUUUCGAAUGGAAAAGUAUUAAAACACUUUAAUGACUUUGUUUCUGGUAGCAUUCCUGUUGAUGCUACAUAUGUUUCCAUAUUUCUGAUGUUUCAGCUAGUGUACAAUAUUAUGAUUAAUUAGUCUAUCAUUUUAUUUUUGAUUUCUAGCCAACCGCCAACUGUGUACACAAUGCGAAUCCGAAAAAGCAAGCUGGUGGUCGUGAACGAGUUGGAGGCUAAUGAGUUGGAUCCCACAGCAGAGGAGAUAGCCCUCCACAAGCUGGAAGUUGGAGAUACAUCUAGUACCAACUUAACCACUCAAGGCAUCCAAGAACAGGAGACAUGUCAGCCAUUGGCACCUAGUGCCAAGCUUGAAGAAUCAAUAAUAUGCUAUGAAAUGAAUUGCCAUCAAUAUCACUCCCACCAAGAGGAGGGCAUACACAUCUGCCCAGAAUUUCUUUGCGGAAAAUGCUUUUUGGGUUGUGGAUGUCCACAGCAUCACACAGUCCUUCCAUUUUCAUGGCAAUUGUGGGAUGUUAACGCGCAAGCAUGGUCUAAUGUGAUAUCAAGUGCUCAAGAAUCUCUGGAGAGACUGUACUGUGACCCUGAAGUGGUGCAUGUGACAGGACUGCACACGUACGUAUAUGAGAAAGUAGAAGUGGAUGGUUGAAAGUAAUUUCUAAAAUAGAUACUUAUUCAGUAGAAAUAAAAGGCGCAUCUAAAAAAAAUCUGUAUUUCUAACAAGCAGAGUGGGUUUCUUAAAGAGACAUUCCACUCCCCAAAUACAAGAAAAAUACAAAUCACCAUUUUGUAGAUAUACCCCAAAUCAAAACUUGAAUUAAUUGAAUUAUGCAUUGGGGAUAUAUCUAAAAACAGCUUGCAAAAGUUACUGAUCUCUUGUCCGUAGCUUUUGGAAGCCCUCCCCUUCUAUCCCCACCCAGACAUUCUGUGGCUGUCCAAUCACAGACUUCCCAAUGCAGCUUAAUGAGAAGUCUUUGUAAGUCAGAUGCUCUGGGUAAAUUGCUGCCUCUUGAGUUUAACUCCACUGAGCUAAACAAACCAGGAAGUAACAGGACUGGUUGUCUGAUUGACAGACUGGGGGAUGUAACAAGGUUAAUUUAUAAAAGUGUCAAUUUAUAUUUAAAUCUAUACUUUUUGGAAAAUGAAAAAAAGAGCACCCACUCUUCACACGUAACUGUAACUACUAAUCACAUUCGUUGUCUGUUGAUGGGGAUACGACUUGUUUAAUCUAUUCUAUUUAUUUUAUUAGCCUUUUAGCAAUAUGACAUAGCUCCUUCUGUCUGUGUCACCGUGUCACCCUGCAGGGGGAGGGACAGACUCAUAGCGCCUUCUGUCUGUGUCACCGUGUCACCCUGCAGGGGGAGGGACAGACUCAUAGCUCCUUCUGUCUUUGUCACUGUGUCACCCUGCAGGGGGAGGGGCAGACUCACAGCUCCUUCUGUCUGUGUCACUGUGUCACCCUGCAGGAGGAGGGACAGACUCAUAGCUCCUUCUGUCUUUGUCACCGUGUUACCCUGCAGGGGGAGGAACAGACUCAUAGCUCCUUCUGUCUGUGUCACUGUGUCACCCUGCAGGGGGAGGGACAGACUCAUAGCUCCUUCUGUCUGUGUCACUGUGUCACCCUGCAGGGGGAGGGACAGACUCAUAGCUCCUUCUGUCUGUGUCACCGUGUCACCCUGCAGGGAGAGGGACAGACUCAUAGCUCCUUCUGUCUGUGUCACCGUGUCACCCUGCAGGGGGAGGGACAGACUCAUAGCUCCUUCUGUCUGUGUCACCGUGUCACCCUGCAGGGGGAGGGACAGACUCAUAGCUCCUUCUGUCUGUGUCACCGUGUCACCCUGCAGGGGGGAGGGACAGACUCAUAGCUCCUUCUGUCUGUGUCACCCUGCAGGGGGAGGGACGGACUCAUAGCUCCUUCUGUCUGUGUCACCCUGCAGGGGGAGGGACAGACUCAUAGCUCCUUCUGUCUGUGUCACCGUGUCACCCUGCAGGGGGAGGGACAGACUCAUAGCUCCUGCUGUCUGUGUCACCGUGUCACCCUGCAGGGGGAGGGACAGACUCAUAGCUCGUCUGUGUCACUGUGUCACCCUGCAGGGGGAGUGGCAGACUUAUAGCUCUUUCUGUCUGUGUCACUGUGUCACCCCGCAGGGGGAGGGACAGACUCAUAGCUCCUUCUGUCUGUGUCACUGUGUCACCCUGCAGGGGGAGGGACAGACUCAUAGCUCCUUCUGUUUGUGUCACUGUGUCACAAUGCAGGGGGAGGGACGGACUCAUAGCUCCUUCUGUCUGUGUCACUGUAAUAAAAGCAAUCAGGAAAGCAAUAUAAAGUAACCUACAUUGUUAAUAUUGCAUACAGUGUUUAAUCAUUCAUACAUCUAGCAGAGGCUCGUCCACUAGGGGCAGCGCCCCACCAGGUUUUAUAUAGAAAAAACUUGGCAGUAGUUUAGGAUGACUGAACAAUAUUGGGGAAUAAAGUAGAUUAACAUACUCCAGGCAUUGCCUAUGGCUACGUGUGUGUGUCAAAAUCAGAAAUGUGUCUCUUUCAUUUUGUAAUAUCCUUCAGUUCAGCCCCCCGUGAUUUAUAGCUGCCUGGAGAAGCAUCCUUGAGAGCUACUGGGCAUGUCAAGAAAACAGGACAGUUCUGAAAUCUGUCCAGUAUGUUUUGUACAUGCUCUUUAAGAAGGAAUUUCAGGGCCCUCCAUUGGUUGCUAUCUGGGCAGCAGAGGCAUGCUAUCGGCCUCUCUAUAAUUGGCACAUAUCAUCAGGGUAUGGGGUUACAGUGUCCAAAUGAGAGAGAAGAAAAAAGCCAUAUUGGAAGUAGCACAGGGAGAGCAGCUCUUUAUGUAGCCAGAAUGCUGCAGAACGCUAUGCCCACAGCUCUUUACGUAGCAAGAAUGACGCAGAACGCUAUGCCAGCAGCUCUUUUCGUAGCCAGAAUGCCGCAGAACGCUAUGCCCACAGCUCUUUACGUAGUCAGAAUGACACAGAACGCUAUGCCUGCAGCUCUUUACAUAGUCAGAAUGCUGCAGGACGCUAUGCCCACAGCUCUUUACGUAGCCAGAAUGCCGCAGAACGCUAUGCCCACAGCUCUUUUCGUAGCCAGAAUGCCGCAGAACGCUAUGCUCACAGCUCUUUACAUAGUCAGAAUGACACAGAACGCAAUGCCUGCAGCUCUUUACAUAGUCAGAAUGACAAAGAACGCUAUGCCUACAGCUCUUUACGUAGCCAGAAUGCAGCAGAACGCCAAAUCUACAGCUCUUUACGUAGCCAGAAUGCCGCAUAACGCCAUGCCCACAGCUCUUUACGUAGCCAGAAUGCCGCAGAACGCUAUAUCUACAGCUCUUUACACAGCCAGAAUGCUGCAGAACGCUAUGCCUGCAGCUCUUUUCGUAGCCAGAAUGACGCAGAACACUAUGCCCGCAGCUCUUUACAUAGUCAGAAUGACGCAGAACGCUAUGCCUGCCGCUCUUUACAUAGUCAGAAUGACACAGAACGCUAUGCCCACAGCUCUUUACGUAGCCAGAAUGCAGCAGAACGCUAUGCCCACAGCUCUUUACAUAGUCAGAAUGACACAGAACGCUAUGCCCACAGCUCUUUACGUAGCCAGAAUGCCGCAGAACGCUAUGCCUACAGCUCUUUACGUAGCCAGAAUGACGCAGAACGCUAUGCCCACAGCUCUUUACGUAGCAAUAAUGACGCAGAAUGCUAUGCCCUCAGCUCUUUUCGUAGCCAGAAUGCCGCAGAACGCUAUGCCUGCAGCUCUUUACGUAGCCAGAAUGCCGCAGAACGCUAUGCCCGCAUCUCUUUUCGUAGCCAGAAUGACGCAGAACAUUCCUCCUCUCGAAGUAAUGCCAUGCGACAUUGUAGCGGCAAUGUUGAUGCAGGACUAACCGUCCAAGAGCACAAAAGUGAUGCAGUGCUUUAAGCAGUUGCAUCAACCAGUUCAGCAUCACAAUAAUGAUGCUGUGUGUUGUUUCAGCUUCAAGAAUGACGCAGAACGCUAUGCCUGCAGCUCUUUACAUAGUCAGAAUGACACAGAACGCUAUGCCCACAGCUCUUUACGUAGCCAGAAUGCAGCAGAACGCUAUAUCUACAGCUCUUUACGUAGCCAGAAUGCCGCAUAACGCUAUGCCCGCAGCUCUUUUCGUAGCCAGAAUGACGCAGAACGCUAUGCUCGCAGCUCUUUACAUAGUCAGAAUGAUGCAGAACGCUAUGCCUGCAGCUCUUUACAUAGUUAGAAUGACACAGAACGCUAUGCCCACAGCUCUUUACGUAGCCAGAAUGCAGCAGAACGCUAUGCCCACAGCUCUUUACAUAGUCAGAAUGACACAGAAUGCUAUAUCUACAGCUCUUUACGUAGCCAGAAUGUUGCAGAACGCUAUGCCCGCAGCUCUUUUCGUAGCCAGAAUGACGCAUAACGCUAUGCAUGCAGCUCUUUACGUAGCCAGAAUGCAGCAGAACGCUAUGCCCACAGCUCUUUACAUAGUCAGAAUGACACAGAACGCUAUGCCCACAGCUCUUUACGUAGCCAGAAUGACGCAGAACGCUAUGCCCACAGCUCUUUACGUAGCCAGAAUGCCGCAGAACGCUAUGCCCACAGCUCUUUACGUAGCCAGAAUGACGCAGAACGCUAUGCCCACAGCUCUUUACGUAGCAAGAAUGACGCAGAACGCUAUGACCACAGCUCUUUACAUAGUCAGAAUGACACAGAACGCUAUGCCCACAGCUCUUUACGUAGCCAGAAUGCCGCAGAACGCUAUGCCCACAGCUCUUUACGUAGCCAGAAUGCAGCAGAACGCUAUGCCCACAGCUCUUUACAUAGUCAGAAUGACACAGAACGCUAUGCCCACAGAUCUUUACGUAGCCAGAAUGCCGCAGAACGCUAUGCCCACAGCUCUUUACGUAGCCAGAAUGACACAGAACGAUAUGCCCGCAGCUCUUUAUGUAGCCAGAAAGCCGCAGAACGCUAUGCCCACAGCUCUUUACGUAGCAAGAAUGACACAGAACGCUAUGCCCACAGCUCUUUACGUAGCCCGAAUGACGCAGUACGCUAUGCCCACAGCUCUUUACGUAGCCCGAAUGAUGCAGAAAGCUAUGCCCGCAGCUCUUUACGUAGCCAGAAUGACGCAGAAUGCUAUGCCCACAGCUCUUUACGUAGCCAGAAUGACGCAGAAUGCUAUGCCCACAGCUCUUUACGUAGCCCGAAUGACGCAGAACGCUAUGCCAGCAGCUCUUUACAUAGUCAGAAUGAUGCAGAACGCUAUGCCCGCAGCUCUUUACGUAGCCCGAAUGACGCAGAACGCUAUGCCAGCAGCUCUUUACAUAGUCAGAAUGCCGCAGAAUGCUAUGCCCGCAGCUCUUUAUGUAGCCAGAAUGACGCAGAAUGCUAUGCCUGCAGCUCCAGAAUGACGCAGACACAGGGUCAUUUCAGCAUCCGACGCCUUUCAGUGUUAAACAUUCCUACACUUUCCUUACAUCCCUAUGGUUACCUAACACUAUUGACCCUGUCAUUGCCACCAUACAUAUAUUCCUCAGAGCUUCUUGCCUGGGGCGUUUAGAUGAGUUGGAAGAAACAGAAUUCCAUCUGCGUAACAGGUUCAGACUAAAUGAUUCUUAUGGACCAGCUAUCACACUGAUUCACUAAAGCAAUAAAACUCAUAGUAAUGUGCAGUGUGUAUGAGAGAAUCACAGAGCUCCACAGCAAUAAAACUCAUAGUAAUGUGCAGUGUGUAUGAGAGAAUCACAGAGCUCCACAGCAAUAAAACUCGUAGUAAUGUGCAGUGUGUAUGAGAGAAUCACAGAGCUCCACAGCAAUAAAACUCAUAGUAAUGUGCAGUGUGUAUGAGAGAAUCACAGAGCUCCACAGCAAUAAAACUCGUAUUAAUGUGCAGUGUGUAUGAGAGAAUCACAGAGCUCCACAGCAAUAAAACUCAUAGUAAUGUGAAGUGUGUAUGAGAGAAUCAAAAAGCUCAACAACAAUAAAAUUAACAGUAAUGUGAUGUAGCAAUGAGUAUAUCACAGAGCUCCAAUAAACCACACACAUUUAAACUGGAGCUUAAUUGGCUUGACUGAUGUUAUAAUUGUACCCCACAGGAUUUUGUGACCUGCAUAGAGAAUGGUCUAAGGGAUCAAUGUGAGAGUAUUACCUGCUCCUCUUCAUUCUUCACGUAUAGACUCAAUCUUCCUAAUAUGUUUCAAGAGAAUAUCCAAACGGGGAACCUUAGAAGGAUGAGACAGCGCCCGGUCUUCAAAUCACCAGUCAUGAUAACAUCCGAACUCUGGUGAGAUCAACUCAAAUGGAAUGAAUGGUCCAACACACAGUAAAAAUUGCUUACACCUACCACAUAUCAUACAGUCAAAACAUGCACAUCACACACAGACGGCACACUUCAUGCAAUAACACUUACAGCCAUUGUGGGCAGACUAGACAGAGGGUCCUGUUGGCAGACUUGGGGAUAUACUUUGGGUUCCUGGUCUUGAGCUAUGUAAGAGUUCUAAAAUUUCUGAAUGCAGCCCUGAGAGGGACAGACUCAUAGCUCCUUCUGUCUGUGUCACUGUGUCACCCUGCAGGGGGAGGGACAGACUCAUAGCUCCUUCUGUCUGUGUCACCGUGUCACCCUGCAGGGGGAGGGACAGACUCAUAGCUCCUUCUGUCUAUGUCACCGUGUCACCCUGCAGGGGGAGGGACAGACUCAUAGCUCCUUCUGCCUGUGUCACCGUGUCACCUUGCAGGGGGAGGGACAGACUCAUAGCUCCUUCUGCCUGUGUCACCGUGUCACCCUGCAGGGGGAGGGACAGACUCAUAGCUCCUUCUGUCUGUGUCACCGUGUCACCCUGCAGGGGGAGGGACAGACUCAUAGCUCCUUCUGUGUCACCCUGUGGGGGGAGGGACAGACUCAUAGCUCCUUCUGUCUGUGUCACCCUGUGGGGGGAGGGACAGACUCAUAGCUCCUUCUGUCUGUGUCACUGUGUCACCCUGCAGGGGGAGGUACAGACUCAUAGCUCAUUCUGUCUGUGUCACCGUGUCACCCUGCAGGGGGAGGGACAGACUCAUAGCUCCUUCUGUCUGUCAAUGUAUCACCCUGCAGGGGGAGGGACAGACUCAUAGCUCCUUCUGUCUGUGUUACUGUGUCACCCUGUAGGGGGAGGGACAGACUCAUAGCUCCUUCUGUCUGUGUCACCGUGUCACCCUGCAGGGGGAGGGACAGACUCAUAGCUCCUUCUGUCUGCAUCACUGUGUCACCCUGCACGGGGAGGGACAGACUCAUAGCUCCUUCUGUCUGUGUCACUGUGUCACCCUGCAGGGGGAGGGACAGACUCAUAGCUCCUUCUGUCUGCGUCACUGUGUCACCCUGCAGGGGGAGGGACAGACUCAUAGCUCCUUCUGUCUGUGUCACCGUGUCACCCUGCAGGGGGAGGGACAGACUCAUAGCUCCUUCUGUCUGUGUCACUGUGUCACCCUGCAGGGGGAGGGACAGACUCAUAGCUCCUUCUGUCUGUGUCACUGUGUUUACCUGGAAUGUGUUUAUGAUGGGUUAACUUUCAUGUCUAUGGUUUACUUACAUCAAUGUUAUAUUUGUUUUAGGGCUCUAGGCAGUUGGAAAUAUUUAAUUAAUUCCAAUAUUAUUCCAACACCUUCUUUGAACAAUUCAUAUCCUCGAACCUGGAUCAUUACUGAUAACUCAUUGAGGAAUAAUAAUGAAAAUAUCUCUCUCACAUGUGAAGACAGAGAGUUCCAGCAUGUGUACCGCUAUUUCCACAAGACGAUGCCUGAAUCUCAGUAUAUUAUUCUAGACAUUUCUAGAGUGCAGAACUACUUUCAAUGGGAGAAAUAUGCCAGGUAAGAUUUCAUGGGAUGGCAAAUAGGAGCUACCAUAGUGGAGUGGCAUAGAAUGAUAAAUAAUAUCAGCGGAGCUUGGCAAGCUGUUGGGAAGAGAAUGUCAUAUCAAUUUGUAUCUAUACUAAACUUAUCUUAAAUGUAUUGUAGGAAAAAGGCUUUCAUGAACCAGCAACUACUUGGAACAGAGAAGAAAAAUGUAGAGCGCUAUUUUUUUCAUGGCACAGACCCUUCUUUUGUUGACGUAAUUUCCAGACAAAACUUUGACCCACGUGUUUCUGGUAGAAAUGGAACCCUCUAUGGCCAUGGAUGUUACUUUGCCAGAGAUGCCAGUUUCUCUCAAAAGUACGCUACUGCAGACAAGAACAUGCACCAUUUUAUGUUUCUGGCAAAGGUGUUGGUAGGACGUGCAGCACUAGGAAAGUCCUCAUAUCGCCGUCCACCACCAAUAUGUCCUGAAGACCCAGUCAGCUCACUCUACGACUCUUGUGUCAAUAAAACACAAAACCCUGACAUCUUUGUUAUUUUUGACAAUGACCAGUUUUAUCCUUAUUUUCUCAUCAAAUAUCAGAAAAUGCAGGCUGUAGUCCUUCUGGACUAAGGAAGAUUUGCACUUUAUUUUGUGAAUGAAAAGUAGAACAAGAGAAUUCAUUGUGAGCUUUGAUGCCCUCAGUAGACCACAACCAAGGCAGCAACACCAAGAGCUCUGAAGGCUCCGAUCCAAAGAAGAAGACACCCAGAAACAGUAUGAUCGAGUAUUUGGUGUUUUUAUUUAUUGAACUGUAGUGGUGCAGGUUCUGGUUGAAGGUCCAGGAACUGAAGGCUAAAUUUGUAGAAAAAGAGAGGAUUUUUAUCGCUAAGCCCAACAUGAUCAUCUUUUAUUACGCUGGUGCCUCUACUAUUCUAAUAACAAGGAGAACAUUUAUUUGUAGAAACAAUGGUACUUGGGCUAACCGGUAAGAUGGUGCAGGAGCUUAUGAAACCAAUAAAAUCCAUCUUUAAUGCCUGUGAUAUCUACAAGGACAUUUCUCUUUAUAAAGAAGACACAUUAGGAAUAUGUUCUCAUGAAUCAUUAGAGCCUGGGUAUUAAACUACAAGCCACAAGAAAUAGUUCACCAUCAACAUGGCUGAGAUAGUUAUUGAUAGUCUCUGUGGCCGUGUGGAUUUUGUCACCUCUUAUUUGCACUUUAUUCUUCUCUUUGUAUAUCAUUAUGUCAUUUUUUUAAACUGUGAAAAAAAAGUUCAAUACGUUAGUUUAAUGUGUUUCUUGCACAGAAAAUAAUACUCACACUAUAUAUAAUGCAGUAAACUCUGUGCAAUAAAAUGCCUGUUUGCUGGAACACAUGCUACCGCACUCGGAUGUUACAAAUAGUUAUGGUCAUUGACACUGAACUGGGACCAGAGGAUAUUCGUGUUAAAUUAUUGGCUGUUAUUGAAAACGAGGUUUCUGCCAUUUUACCUAUCUCACUGACCACUAUCCUCCAGCCUUGAUAUGUCCUUAGC